AUGAUUUUUCGUAGCCUCGACGGCAGGCAGCCAGGGGAUCCAGUGAAGAAGUUACUAGACUUUAUAGAAGUUGUCACUGGGACUGGGGUGGGAGAGGGCAAGACUGGCUUCCCACGACUGAAAACACGGGCCAAGGUGGAGGAGUCUUUAGUUAAAAGCUUACUUAGAUGCCUUUUCGAGAGAUUGUCAAGAGUUAAUCUCGUUUCUAUCAUAAACCAUGCAACAAUCAAUGGAAUCAAUAGCGACGAAGCCGCAGAAAUGAGCAACCACCCGUGGAGUUGA